AGGAAGGGGAACAGGAAAGUGUUCAUGAAUCUGAGGGUGAGUUGGAAUCUGAGGAGGAGAUUUUGCAAGUACCCACAUUUCAGGAAACAGAGCAGAGACGUUGUUUUGCUAGAAUAGCUGCCAGAAAUGCAGCUGAGUAAUUAGGAACUGCCCUCGCAGCUGUGAGGGGACUCGGGGCUAUAAAGCAGAAGCAGAUUCAACCAUCUCUUGCUGGUAACAAACUGACUCUAAUGCCUAAGCCUUCCCUCCCCUUGUGCCUGCUUCAAGUCUGCAUCUGGGAAACUGCUUCUAAGGAUUUAUUGCUGUUUCUUUGUCUGAAGUAAGAUUGCUAUUUGAAUGAGGGUGAGUUGGAAUCUGAGGAGGAGACUGGGAGGGGACUCGGGGCUAUAAAGCAGAAGCAGGUGCAGCCAGCUCUUGCUGGUAACAAACUGAGUCUUCACUCCCCUUGUGCCUGCUUCGAGUCUGCAUCUGGGAAACUGCUCCUAAGGAUUUAUUGCUGUUUCUUUGUCUGAAGUAAGACUGCUAUUUGAAUCUGAGGGCGAGUUGGAAUCUGAGGAAGAGACUGGGAGGGGACUCAGGGCUAUAAAGCAGAAGAAGAUGCAGCCAGCUCUUGCUGGUAACAAACUGACUCUAAUGCCUAAGCCUUCCCUCCCCUUGUGCCUGCUUCGAGUCUGCAUCUGGGAAACUGCUCCUAAGGAUUUAUUGCUGUUUCUUUGUCUGAAGUAAGACUGCUAUUUGAAUCUGAGGGUGAGUUGGAAUCUGAGGAGGAGACUGGGAGAGGACUCAGGGCUAUAAAGCAGAAGCAGGUGCAGCCAGCUCUUGCUGGUAACGAACUGACUCUAAUGCCUAAGCCUUCGCUCCCCUUGUGCCUGCUUCAAGUCUGCAUCUGAGAAACUGCUCCUGGGAUUUAUUGCUGUUUCUUUGCCUGAACUAAGACUGCUAUUUGAUUUGGGAAUUUAUCCGAGACUAAGAACUGUGUUUACCCUAAGACUUCCUUGCUUCCUUUUGCAAUAUCCCACUGAGUGUGCUGUUUUUUAUGUUUUGCUGAAGUAAAGCAGUAAAGUAGUUUUCAUUUAUUUACUUAUAGUGUUUUUAAGGCUGUUCUUGAAAGACAAAACAAGAAAAGCUGCCGGGAAGGAGCACCUCGGCCUCGGAAGCCUUAGGAUCGGAAUGCCAAUUGGUUUAAGUCCAGGCUGAGCCCCGCUUGUUGAUUGGGCUAUAAAUAGCCUCUUGACAGCCCUAUUAUAAACCAUACACACUAAUCCUCCAUCCAUCAUCCUUACUGCGUUUCCCUCUCCCUCCUGCUGUAGCUUGCUUAUUGCCCUAAUGCAAUUCAUCUCGGCAGGCUGUGCGGAUGUAUGUAUAAACGUGUGUGAGCAUCUCGGCUCAGAAAUCAUAAUAAUCCCUCACCAAACAAUAACAAUAAUAAUAACAAAGCAAGAGCGGGGAACGAGCAGGUCCUGGUGUUUGUUUAUCCAUACUGGGUGGUUGUAAUCUCUUUAGGAGGAGGCGAGGCGGUACGGGACUCGUUGGCCUGCAGUCAUGCAUUAUUGAUAAUAAUGGCCGUGUCUCUUUAACUGGCUUGGCGCUACGACACUUGAGGGUGCGUGAGUGUACAAGGCAGCAAGCGUGUGUGGAUUGGAUGGAUGCGUGUGAGUGUGUUUGGAGGCAGGCGGCGAGAACGAGAGCCUCUGCAUUGUGCGGAUAAGAGCAUCCUCGUUCAUUUGCUUAUUAUUAUUAUUUAUCCAUUCGUUCGUUCGUUCGCUCCGGCCGGGAUCCGUGGCCUUUUCCACGAGGAUUUCCUUUGAGCAGCGGAUGCUCUGAUGUGCCAAGGAGACGGAGAGCUGCAAAGGAGGAGAAGAAAGAAAAGGAAGGUGGAAGGAAGGAAGGAGCAAGGAGGAGAGGGCCAUUGCUGAGCUCUCUCAAGGAUCAGCAUCGGGUUGUCGAAAAGCCUGUGUCACCUCGCCUUCUUUCUUGUGUUGUUUACUCCGACUCCGGGCAUCCUUCCAUCUUCCAGGUGCGCCUCUGGACAUGACGAGGCCGUCGGCGGUGUGCGCAGAAGGCAUGGCGUGAGCCGGGAAGAAGACAACAACGCUUGGAGGUGCUUGGAACCAUUGGAGGGGGAAGGGCAGGAAUGUUGCAAAUUCCUGGAAAGGCAGCACAGUGACCUUGGAAGAUGUCGAGCCAGAGCAACGGAGACACCAAACCCCCAUGUUUACCCCGGAACGGGCUGGUGAAGCUCCCCGCCCAGGCCAAUGGGCUCGGCUCCGCCAGCAUCACCAAAGGGACCCCGGCCAUGAAGAACCGCCUGUGCCAGCCCUCCUCUGUGCCUGCCGCCAUCAUGGGCCCAGCCUUAGCCAACCACGCCGAACUGGCCUCGCCCUUGCCCUUGUCCUUGUCCGGCCUGGCCGGGGUGCCGUCCCCCUCCGGGGCCGCCUUGGUGGGGCUGGGCUCGGCCGUCGAGGGAGACGUGCCGCCCUCCUCCUUCGAGGCCGAGAGGCCGCUGGCGGUGGACGAGAAGAUCCUCAACCGGCUCUUUGUGUACUUUUCGGCCUGUGAGAAGUGCGUCCUGGCCCAGGUGUGCAAGGCCUGGCGGAGGGUCUUGUACCAGCCCAAGUUCUGGGUGGGCCUCACGCCGGUCCUGCACACCAAAGAGCUCUACAACCUCCUGCCCAACGGGGACAAGGAGUUCGUCAACCUCCAGGGCUUCGCCAUCCGGGGCUUCGACGGCUUCUGCCUGGUGGGCGUCUCGGACUUGGACAUUUGCGAGUUCAUCGAUAACUACCCCCUGUCCAAGAAAGGGGUCAAGUCCAUGAGCCUUAAAAGAUCAACCAUCACAGACGCGGGCCUCGAGGUGAUGCUGGAGCAGAUGCAAGGGGUCAUGCGGCUGGAGCUGUCCGGCUGCAACGACUUCACCGAGGCCGGCCUCUGGUCGAGCCUGAACGCCCGCAUCACCUCCCUGAGCGUCAGCGACUGCAUCAACGUGGCCGACGACGCCAUCGCCGCCAUCUCCCAGCUGCUCCCCAACCUGACCGAGCUCAACCUGCAGGCCUACCACGUGACGGACACGGCCCUGGCGUACUUCACGGCCAAGCAGGGCUACACCACCCACACCCUCCGCCUCAACUCCUGCUGGGAGAUCACCAACCACGGCGUGGUCAACAUGGUGCACAGCCUGCCCAACCUGAGCGCCCUCAGCCUCUCCGGAUGCUCCAAAGUCACCGACGACGGGGUGGAGCUGGUGGCCGAGAACCUCCGCAAGCUCCGCAGCCUGGACCUCUCCUGGUGCCCGCGCAUCACCGACAUGGCCCUCGAGUACAUCGCCUGCGACCUCCACAAGCUGGAGGAGCUGGUGCUGGACAGGUGUGUGCGGAUCACGGACACCGGGCUCAGUUACCUGUCCACCAUGUCGUCGCUUAGGAAUUUAUAUCUCCGCUGGUGCUGCCAGGUGCAAGACUUUGGCCUGAAGCAUUUGCUGGGAAUGAGGAGUUUACGCCUCCUCUCUCUUGCAGGCUGCCCUCUGCUGACCACCACUGGACUUUCAGGCCUUGUCCAGCUUCAGGACCUGGAAGAGCUGGAGUUGACUAACUGCCCGGGGGCCACUCCGGAGCUUUUCAAGUAUUUCUCGCAGCACCUUCCGCGUUGCAUGGUGAUCGAAUAAGCCGCUCCUGGAAAGAAUAUGACCAAUGUCUGGAGCCAAGACCUUCAAUCCCAACCCAGCACUGAACAACCAAUCAGAGUCAUGGUUUUAUUUAUUUAUUUAAUAUAUAUAUAUAUGUGUAUAUAUAAAUAUAAAUAUAUAUACUAUCUAGAUUUUUUUCCAGGAGGGAUGCUGUGACUGAAGCCACACUUAUACACACACACACAGAAAGUUGUCAUGAACAAAAGACUUGGAUCAUCGGAAGAACGACACACUUGGUGUAAGGACGUGGCAGUGACAACCGAACAAAUCCCUCAAGUUUGUAAAUUUCUAUGCCUCCAUCAUUUCCCGUCUUCCUUGUAGUGAUCUGUCCCGAAAUAAUAGUUUUUGGAAAGAAAAAAAAAUUGAUAAAAACUCAAAAAAAACAUAACGAAAGAGGCAUAGAAAAUAAGCAAGAAAAUGCAAUGGCAGAUUGGUGAGUUGGUGGGCAUGCUGUUGCCACUCAGUGCUGGAUGAAAGCGGUUUCCGCCCAGACGUUUCGUGUCACGGUGGAUAGAAGUUGGGUUGCGAGGCGAGUCCUCAUGAAGGUUUUCCCAGGUACGGAUCCUGUACGGACGAGCCUGCCGACGGAACGGUCGCCGUCCUCCGCGUUUGAGGCGGAAAGCCAACGGAGGAACGAGAGAGGAGGUCCGUGGGGUGACAGGCGGAUAUGGAGCAGCUCUGGAUUCCAGGGAAAGGACGCUGCGGCAAAGUGUUCGUAAAGAGAAGCAGCGGAGCUGAAAAUGUGCUCACGCUUCGGAAGAAAAGCUCCGAAGCUUUUGGAGACCCUUGGGAGUUUGGGACCAAGGAAUGCUCCUGAAAGUGAACCGGCCUUUGGCUUCAAGGAGCAAAGUUUCCCAGGAAAACGGAUUUUACAAGCUCACCCGAAAAAUCCUGGCUGACCCUUAAGGUCGUGCGGUGAUUUUUGGCAGACAGCAUCUGCCUCUCGUUUUUUUUUUUUUAAUUUUUUUAAAUUUCCUUUUAAAAUCCUCUCUCUUAUUUUAUUUUUAUUUUUGCUCCCUUCUCCUCUCUUCAGAACAAAAAACUGCAGCCUUUGCAUGCUAGCUUGCUUCCGUCUUGAUGUAAGGCAGGCUCUGGAUUCUGCGCCCGCUGGGCAGGACUCGACCCCAGCUUGGCUUGUCUGUCCCACUGUAAAGCUGAUGUGGCGUUGUGUCCCAUCCAUAUUUCCAUUGACUGAGACGUGGAUCUUGAGCGGAUUGUGCCCUGCUCCUGCCCUUAGGCUUCUUAUCUCGCUGCUUACAAGCCAGUCACAACACGCCUACUCUUUCCCAACUUUUUCCAACUAUACCACCAGCCGGGCCUGCUCUGUAUAUGGUCCUCUCAUCCUUUCUUCUGACCUGUUCGAUGGCCAUCCUUGGCUCUUUCCACGUUGCUUCCACUGAGUUGCUUUGUUGUUGUUUGCAGUGGUCGACUCAGGCACUCAUUCUCCAUCUCCAUCCGCAAGGAGAUCUAUCUGUUCAAGACCUGGAUGGAUGGCACAGCUCCUCGAGGCAACCGGCUUUAUUGUGCCGGAGUCUUUCCGAACCACUGCUUGUAUGCUUUUGCCCGCCGUCGCCACUCGCUUUAGUGCCUGUGCAUUUCGCCUCCAUUGGCUGUGUUAACCGGUAACGGAAGAGGGCGUGGGGAGGGCGUUUGCCCAAGCAGUGCUCAAAGUGCCCGCCUCUCUCCUUUCUAAAAUAUGCCUGAGCAUUGGGUGCCUUUCUCUCCGAGCGUGGUAGAAAAUAUCACUGCCUGUUUUGCUCCACAGCGCAGGGCAAGCGUGCCACCAACCGGCCCUAAAUCAUUACAAGUGCAGGCAUACUUCCCUGAGAGCACAUUAUAGUGAAUGCAGGCAGGGGCGGCUCAAGCGGUAAGCGAACUACGCAUUUGCGGAAGGGGCGCCGUUGAGGCGCAUCCAGGUGCCCAGACUCCAGGGAGGGAAACUCCGCUUCCUUCCUCCCCAAAGCUCCGGCUCCCUUACUUACUGCAAGGAAGGAGGCCAGCGCUUUGGUGAGGGAAACACUGCUUCUCUCCUCCCCAAAGCCCAUCUCCUUUCUUCCUGCGAGGGAGCAGGCCGGGGACUCGACGAAGAGAGAAGCGGCGUGUGAUUUGUUGGGGAGCAGCGCAAAAAGUACUGCUCGCUUACACUUGAAAAUUACCUAGGGCCGGCUCUGAAUGCAGGAGCUUAGCUUCCAAAUAAACAUGUUUAGGAUCGUAUGGCCAUGAGCUAGGUCGUGCCGGCUUCUGUUGUCAGGGAAUAUCAGGGUCGAAAGCAUUUUGCUUUGGCUGAAUUGGGCAAGGACCAAAGGGGAGAUUGAGUCCUCCUCCUCCUUAAGAGUUUCAAUCCCGUUUCCUUGUUUCGUACAAGUGGAACAAGUGCAGGGAGAGGCAUUUAUAACAUAGAAAAAAUUGAUGCCAUAUAACGUUCACGUUUACGAAGAAUGGGAGAGUUGGCCACAUUAUCGCCAAGUUCUGCAACAGAAGGCAUGGGCAAACUUCAGCCCUCCAGCUGUUUUGUACUUCAAUUUGGCCCAUGCCUGCUUUAGUGGGAUAGCCAUGGAGUUUUGAUGCGCAAAGCAACCACCUAUUGCUUUAAUCCAGUCCCAGGCGUUUUACUACAACGCACUGAGCAGGUUCCCACUUCACGGAUGUUUUGGUGGCCUUCUCGUUUUCGCUAUGGUUUGGGAAGGAAGCUCUGUAAUGUUUAAUGGUUGGAGGAGCAGGGAAUGUAUAGCAACGUAGAAGCAGCCCCUAAUUCUAAAGUUCCCGUAGCUCACCAUUCCCUAGUCCAGCCAGCUGUGUUGGACUACAACUCUCAUACUCUGGGUAAGGUGGGAGCUCUUGUCCAGUAUAUCUGGGGACGUUCCAGCAGAAUGAGACCACAGUCACUGUCCACCUUGUUAUCUCUUGUGAGUCUUCCCAGUAUAGCCAGUAUCACCAGUCUCUGUCCAAGGCUUGAUUCAAGCCGAACGUCAACGCUGGUGAUACAUUUCGUCACCAAGGAUAGCCUCACUUCCUGCUCCCUGCAUCCACACUUUCCAGGUAUUCCGAGCAGAUUUAUUUAUCUAUGAAAAACCACAUAUAUCAAAAAAUACAUGAAGCCAUUUUAAAUAGUUUUAAAAGUCACUUUAUUAAAAAAUAGUAUAAAUAUAAGAAGUUAUAAAUAUAAGGCAGACACUGGGCAUCAAUAUGAAAGCCAUUCAUGUAAACUAGUGUUCAGAAGCCUUUUCCUUGUGAUAUUUAAGGGAAUAUACUGUAUAUCCAUCAUGGCGAGUAGCCUCUGAUAGCCCACAUCCUCCAAAAUAUUUUAUUUUGUAAAGCCACCCAGUCUGGCAGCUAAGCUAUCCCUAAUUCCAGGAGUCACAAGUGCCACAGUUUACUUCUCUGAGAUGUAAGAAGGAAUUAUUUUUACCUGCCCUCAAUCCCAAAAUAUUCAACUUGAGUGAAAGGCAUCACUAGUUCCAAUAUCAUAAGAAACAAGAGAAAAUCAAAAGUUCAAGUGAUAACAUGUAAAUUAACCUAUGUUUGCUGUCAUUGAAUUAAUUUUUCCAGCGACAAAAAUAAUAGUUGUGUUGUUGAAGGUUUUCGUGGCUGGAAUCACUGGAUUGCUGUGAGUUUUCCGGGCUGUCUGGCCAUGUUCCAGAAGCAUUCUCUCCUGACGUUUCACCCACAUCUAUGGCAGGCAUCCUCAGAGCUUGUGAGGUCUGCAAGUGGGGUAUAUGUAUCUGUGGAAUGUCCAAGACUACCAGAGCUAGUUAACACCUCCCAACAAAGGAUUCUCCCAGGCAAGAAGCAGCCAGACUUUGAAGCUGCAAGGCCAUUCAAUGCUAAUAAAGGUGGCCCAUUGCAAAAUUCACACUUGUCUCAGACAAUAUAAUAUAAUAAUAAUAAUUUUAUUCUUAUACCCCGCCCCAUCUCCCCGUAGGGACUCGGGGCGGCUUACAUGGGGCCAAGCCCGGUCAUAACAAUAUAAAAGCAAGCAGUAAAACGAAUCAAACAACAAUAAAACAAACAAUAAAACAAACAUCAAAAUAUGCUAUGAUUUUACAAAUUAAGCACCAAAACAUCAUGUUAUACAACAAAUUUGACAGAAAAAGUAGUUCAAUGCGCAGUAGUGCUAUGUAGUAAUUACUGUAUUUACGAAUUUAGCACCAAAAUAUCACAAUGCAUUGAAAACAUUGACUACAAAAAUGUGUUGGAUAAUCCAGAACAUUGGAUAAGUGAGUGUUGGAUAAGUGAGACUCUACCGUAAUUAGUUCUUUUGAGAGGUAACCAAUGCAUAACCAAAACAUUAUAAUUAUAUUAUUAUGACACAGCAAACAAGAUAGAUAUGCUGGAUUUCGUUUCACAAAAUCACAAGUCGAACACUUCCCAAGUGUCUAGGACUGUGUGAUGUAUUUUCGGAUGAUGCUGGAGAUCCCAGUCGGGUGGCCUUUUGCAGUUGGCAGAUCGUAAUUUUGUCAAUGUCUAUUGUUUCCAAAUGCCGGCCGAGAUCAUUAUUAUUAUUAUUAUUAUUAUUAUUAUUAUUAUUAUUAUUAGUAUUCAUUUUCAAACAUAACAAUUCUUCAGUUAUGUUUAAAGUUUCAAGUGACAUUCUCAUUACUUGGAUAUGAUACCCAAGGCCAUAUUUUUUUUGUUUUUAAGCUAAUAAAAAGUAAUAAUUUAGUGACUUUUGGAUAACAUUAAUAUGUAAUCCUUAAAAAACCCCGAAUGGUAAUGAACUCUUCUGGAGCCACUGUGAAUUGUAACAAUAGCUACCAUAAUUCCUCUGGUUCUUACUGAUAUUAAGCCACAGUGUCCUUCCUAUGUUGGCUGUGGAAAGGUUUGGGAUCCCAUGGUUUGCGUGCAAACGGUGCUCCAAACGGUCCGAGGGACCCUAUGAGACAAGGCCAUCCACUGUGUCCCCGUUCAUCCCUCCCGUGUUAACAAACCGCACUUUACGGCUGCCAUUUAUAAUUCCCUAUAAUGUCCCUUAUAUUGCAUCAUCCCAGAGCUAGGUGGGAGAUUAAAAAUAUGGAUUCCAAGCCAUGAGCAUGUACCAAUACAUAGAUAGUAGACAUGUCCAAAAAAUCGUUUUGAAUCGUAUAUCGGAAUUAUUUCGGAUUGUUCUCGCUUUUUGAUACGCAUUCCGAGACAUUGUCUCACAGUGCAACCAGCAAUGUAAUUCGAACCAUUGUUGGCCCAUUCUCUAAUUGUCUCUUAAUGUUUCGUUAAUUCCCCCCCCCCCAUUUUUUAAAAUAUAUAUUUAAUUUUUUUUUUGUUUCUGCAACCUACCUAGAAUGGGAGCUUAGCGCAGCCUAACAUGGCUGCCACUCCCCGGCCAAUCAGAAGCUUCCACGAUGGAUGCAAAGGUGGGGGCUAGGGUUGAUGAGGAUAGGACGGGAGAGCCCUGUAAAAGCCCCCCCCCCCCCCCGGUUCAUUUUUUUUUUUUUUGGCGAUUGCGCAUGCACAUCCGCCAUUUUAGAAACAUUUAGAAUCAUUACGAAUUUUCGGAAAUAUCUGAUAGUUUUGGGUGAAAAAAAUCGGAAAUACUUUCUAUAUCGAAGCGCCAGUGCCCCCUACUUUAGAAACGAGAAUUGAAACAUUUUUUUUCAUCGAUCGGACAUGCCUAGGAGGUACAUUACACCAGGCACAGGCCAACUUCAACCCUCCCUCCAGGUGUUUUGGACUUCAACUCCCACAAAUCCUAUCAUUAGGAAUUGUGAGAAUUGGAAGUCCAAAACACCUGGAGAGAGGGGCAAAUUUGGCUCAUGCCUGCAUUACAUUGAUUUUUUAAAUCUCAGCUGGUUGCCAGAGAGGAGUAAGGGAAGAAGCGGCACGGAUCAUUGUGUAUGAUGCGGGGAUGUUGUGGGGAAAACAAUGUUUGUGAUCCUUGUGAACAGGAACAUCAAUCCCAGCCUAUCAUCAUCCACAUAUAUAUGUGUAUCACUUGAGCUUGAGCAAACAGACUGACUCAGAGGCCUAUGACACUUCUCCAUACAAAGCCACACAACCUUCCCUGGAUGGUGGCACUUGAACCAUGCGCCGUGGCAAACUACUCCCACAUAACGCCCGACGGAUGUGCCUGGAGAUCGGCGUGCUUUUCAUCUGUACGGAACUCAUGAACAAACUUGCUUUUGACAACCACUUUUUUAAACAAAAACAUUGGUAUUUCUUUGGUGCGAAACAUUUUGUUGCCAUAACAUCUUUGUAAAGCUUUAAGCCAGCCUAUUUUUUUAGGGUGACGUUUUUACAACUCCCCGCUCUUUCAUCCUGCCUUGCCUAUCCUGCAGAACUGCAUGAUUGUGAGGGUUGGGUAAGUGAAUAUGGGAGUCGGGGUGGGUUUUUGGGGGGAGGGGGCCUUGCUUGUUGUGGGUCACAGAUGGGGUUCCUGGUCACGCAAUUCAACGUCCCUCCUUGAACUCUCCUGAAGCUUGACGGGAGAGAAGACCAGAUUACACAAUUCUGAAAGGAGGGAAAUUUAUUUGAACAUGCCAUUUGCUAGCUUCAGCCGUCUCUCUGGAAAACUCUGCACACUGCUGAGGAAACCCCAUAGGCUCUGUAAUGUUUAAAUUACCUUUAAUUUCACAAAGGUCAGAAGAUUUGGAAAUGGUUGAACAUAUAGAUCCAUCUCUCGAUGGCAAAGCAUCAGGUGAUUACUAGUCAUAUUUGAUUAACAAUAUUUUUAACCCUCAUCUCCAGAAAAGCAAAAAAUGGUGUCCAGAAAAUAAGAAUAAUACUAUGUGUUGUUGAAGACUUUCAUGACCAGAAUCACUGGGUUGCUGUGAGUUUUCUGGGCUUUUAUUUAAAAGCAAUUACAGUAGAGUCUCACUUAUCCAAGCUAAACGGGCCAGCAGAAGCUUGGAUAAGCAAAUAUCUUGGAUAAUAAGGAGGGAUUAAGGAAAAGCCUAUUAAACAUCAAAUUAGGUUAUGAUUUUACAAAUUAAACACCAAAACUUCAUGUUAUACAACAAAUUUGGCAGAAAAAGCAGUUCAAUACACAGUAAUGCUACGUAGUAGACAUGUCCAAAAAAUCGUUUUGAAUCGUAUAUCGGAAUUAUUUCGGAUUGUUCUCGCUUUUUGAUACGCAUUCUGAGACAUUGUCUCACAGCGCAACCAGCAAUGUAAUUCGAACCAUUGUUGGCCCAUUCUCUAAUUGUCUCUUAAUGUUUCGUUAAUUUCCCCCCACCAAAAAAUAAUAAUAAUAUAUUUUUAAAAAUAUUUUAAAAGUUUUUUUGUUUCUGCAACCUACCUAGAAUGGGAGCUUAGUGCAGCCUAACAUGGCUGCUGCUCCCAGGCCAAUCAGAAGCUUCCACGAUGGACACAAAGGUGGGGGCUAGGGUUGAUGAGGAUCGCUCAAGAAAUGAGGGCGGGAGAGCCCUGUAAAAGUCCCCCCCCCCCCCGGGGUUGCUUUUUUUUUUUUGGCAAUUGCGCAUGCGCGUCCGCCAUUUUAGAAACAUUUAGAAUCAUUACGAAUUUUCGGAAAUAUCAGAAAUUUUUGGGUGAAAAAAUCGGAAAUACUUUCUAUAUCGAAGCGCCAGCGCCCCCUACUUUAGAAACUAGAAUUGAAACAUUUUUUUCAUCGAUUGGACAUGCCUACUACGUAGUAAUUACUGUAUUUACGAAUUUAGCACCAAAAUAUCAUGAUGUAUUGAAAACAUUGACUACAAAAAUGGCUUGGAUUAUCCAGAGGCUUGGAUAAGCGAGGCCUGGAUAAGUGAGAUUCUACUGUAUUUGCUUUUCUUUCAUAGCUGCAGGGGAAGCAAGUGCAAAGAUUUGGUUUCCUUAGUUUGCUGUCCAGAGUUUUCCAUUUGAGACCAUCAUGAGGGAAAGACAAGAAGGUCUGAGGUGGGGCGCAGAAGACAACGACAAAGCCAUUGAAUAGCAGAGUGCCUUCAGAAAGAGUGCAUCCCCCACCCCUGUAGCUUGGAGGUGUUGCUUUUUUUUUGAACUAGAACUCCCAGAAUCCCACCGUUUGAGAUUCUGAGAGCGGUAGUCCAGAAAGCCAUUAUCCCAAGUCUUGUCAUGUCCUUUUCUUAUCAAAGACAGGGGUGGGUGCUAUCAGAAAUGGAUGCUUGAACCAGAUGUUUUGCAGCAGUCACCUUCUCUUGCUGGAGUCAAAGGAACCCACAGGGAGAAAGAGUCAUACAGUAGAGUCUCGCUUAUCCAACGUAAACGGGCCAGCAGAACAUUGGAUAAGCGAAUAUGUUGGAUAAUAAGGAGAGUUUAAGGAAAAGCCUAUUAAACAUCAAAAAAAGUUAUGAUUUUACAAACUAAGCAUCAAAACAUUAUGUUAUACAACAAAUUUGACAGAAAAAGUAGUUCAAACCGCAGUAAUGCUAUGUAGUAAUUACAGUAUUUAUGAAUUUAGCACCAAAAUAUCACGAUGUAUUGAAAACAUUGACUACAAAAAUGUGUUGGAUAAUCCAGAAUGUUGGAUAAGUGAGACUCUACUGUACUCAUAGAAUCAAAGAAUCAUAGACUUCAUGGGCCAUCCAGUCCAAUCCUAUUCUGACAAGCAGGAAAAGCACAUUCAAACAACCCCUGACAGGUGGCCAUCCAGCCUGUUUCAAAGCCUCCACCACAGAGAGUUCCACUGCUGAACAGCUCUCACAGUGACAUUCUUCCUAAUGUUCAGGUGGAAUCUCUUUUCCUGUUGUUUGAAGCCAUUGUUCCAUGUCCUAGUUUCCAGGGCAGUGGAAAACAAGCUCGCUCCCUCCUCCCUAUGUCUUCCCCUCACAUCUUGAUACAUGGCCCUCAUCAUACCUCCUUCUCAGCCUUCCCUUCUGCAGGCUAAACAUGCCCAGCUCUUUAAGCCGCUCCUCAUAGGGCUUGUUCUCCAGACCCUUGAUUCUUUUAGGGGUCUGGAGAACAAGCCCUUUGAGGGUUGGCUUAAAUAUGGGAAAGGUGUGCUAGGAAAUUAAGUGUGGAUUAGUUUUGCGUUUGGAAAUCAUCGUAGCAGAGACAGAACUCUUUUUCAGGGAUUCUCGAAAGAAUACAAUGCAGUCAUUUUGAGCAGUGAUGCAAGGCAAUGAAAUGGGACAAUGAGUAUAGUCAGGAACGUAAGGCAUGGGCCAAGAAGUCCCUGAAUUACGUUUCCAUUCUGCAAUGAACUCACUUAGGCUGGAUCUACACUGCCAUAUAAUCCAGACGAUCAAAACCAGAUAAUUCAGAUUAUCUCCUUUGAACUGGAUUGUAUGAGUCUACACUGCCACAUGAUCCAAUUCAAAGCAAAUACAGUAGUCUCUCACUUAUCCAACGUAAACGGGCCGGCAGAACGUUGGAUAAGCGAAUAUGUUGGAUAAUAAAGAGAGAUUAAGGAGAAGCCUAUUAAACAUCAAAUUCACUUAUGAUUUUACAAAUUAAGCACCAAAACAUCAUGUUAUACAACAAAUUUGACAGAAAAAGUAGUUCAAUACACAGUAAUGCUAUGUAGUAAUUACUGUAUUUACAAAUUUAGCACCAAAAUAUCACGAUGUAUUGAAAACAUUGACUACAAAAAUGCGUUGGAUAAUCCAGAACGUUGGAUAAGCGAGUGUUGGAUAAGUGAGACUCUACUGUAAUGUAGAUUUUAUAUAGCAGUGUAGAUCCAACCUAUAUGGGUCCACUCUGAUCAUAUAAUAAUUAUUAUCUUUAUUCAUAUCCCAACUUUCUCCCCAUGGGGACUCAAAGCAGCUAAUAAUAAUAGUAAUAAUAAUAAUAAUGCAGUGUAGAUCCAGCCUCAGAUUGCAAAUUUGCAUGAAACUCUUGAUUCGGAGAAGCCAGUGCAAACAGCAAUAUCCUAAAUGACUCCUAUUUUGGAUCCAGCCGAGAGUUGACUCUGUUUCCCGCAAGAGUUGCAUCAAUGUCUUAGUCCAAGAGUUUUAGGGCACAACCCAUUAGGAGGAAUGUCUUCAGUGAAAGCCACAUUGAGAUAUAUAUAUAUAUAUAUAUAUAUAUAUAUAUAUAUAUAUAUAUAUAUAUAUAUGGGAAUGGCUCCCUUUGUUCACGGAGGCUUGCAUGGGAGACACUGCCAACUGGACGUCCCCAUUGCACCCCUCUUUAAAGUAUCCACUGGUCCAAAGUCUUAUUUAAAACAAUGGAAGCUGUGAUGUUUCAAAAAAAGGGAAGGGAGGGGAAAGAAGAAAAUAAUAAUAAUAAAAUUCUGAAAAAUCAUUUUCUUACUGUAUAUACAAGCCUCCUUCUCCUGUAUAUUCUGAAGAUAUAACCUUAUAUUUGGUAAGUGUUUCUUGUGCUAUUUUAUCACGUGACCUGUUUAUAAAAAUAUAUAUUAAAAAACUUUAAAAAUACAAAA